CCUCUGACAAAGAAAAUGAGGAAUACUUGUCAGACUUCGCCGCCGUCAAGGGGCAAUAUAGAUAAAGAGGUCAAAUGUAGAUUUGCAGAGAACUAUCUUUUGUGCACUUUCAUCAUAUUUGAUGGAGGAAAAAAUGAUGUUCACACAUACAUGGGGAAAAGAGGAAGUGAAAAAUGUUGUGUCAUGAAAAAAAAAAAAAAAAAUAUCACGAUGACUCCACCGUGAUACAAGCAACCUCUCUCGCUCUUGUCUUAGCUUUCUGUGUUGACAAUUUCAGCUGAAAUUGUUUGGGAGCGGUCUAAAAGAUGGGGGGGAAAAUGACAAGAUGUACGGCCAUCAGCACAACAAAGAAACUUAACAACAAUAGAAGGAGCUUUGUUUUUAAGAGAGAUGACCCGCCUGCGCAUGCAACGAUAAGUGUGCGGUGAAAUGGGCUCAGAGGAGCGCACUUCAGUCAUGUCGCAGAAGAUCUCCUCCUUGUCACGCAGCAACAGCAGCUCCUCAUCCAAACACGACAGUCGACAGGACAGCUGGGAAAUUGUGGAAGGUCUGCGUGGAGGCUUUGGCAGUGUCGUGGAGCCGCAGAAACAGGAAAGCUAUGUGCUAAAGAAAAGAAAGUGGCCCCUAAAGGGCUGGCAUAAGAGAUACUUUUCCCUGGACAAGGGCAUCCUGAAGUACGGCAAGUGCAAUGCUGAUAUUGAGAAGGGAAAGCUUCAUGGCUGCAUUGAUGUGGGGCUCUCCGUUAUGGCCAUUAAGAAGAAAGCCAAGUGCAUCGAUCUCGAUGCUGAGGAGAACAUCUAUCACCUGAAGAUCAAGUCGCAGGAGCUGUUUGAUGAAUGGGUGUCCAAGCUGCGUCACCACCGGCUCUAUCGGCAAAACGAGAUUGCCAUGUGUCCCGACGACAAGUCCUUCCACUUCCCCCACUACCUCUCCCCCACGCCCCCGAGCUUUGCUGACAGCGCUUCCAUUAGAAAGUGUGUGCCUGUACGCAGGCAGUCCACGGUGCAUUCCGCAGGAGCGUUCCCUUUCGGCUGCAACAGCCAAGCCAAGGUAACAGCUUGGCUGCAGUCGUCUGACGACAUGGAUAAGUGCUCCAAAGACCUGUCAGUUUGUGAGGCGUACUUGCUGGAGCUGAGCCACCUUCUUCAGAGCAUGGAGGUCCUCCAUCGUACCUAUUCUGCACCCUCUAUCCAGGCUCUUCAGGCAUCUACAUUUGACAGCCCAAAGAAGGAAAAGAGGCUUCAGAGAAAGUGGCGCACAAAGAACUACAAUAAAGUCGUCAAAACAACCCUGCAGGUUCCCAGCUGCAUCUCCGCUUCUGUCCGCCUCCACGCGUCCAACCCCAACCUCUCCACCGCUGCGCUCGCCAAUGACAAAACCGACCGGGAGUCCCUGGAUUCCGCUUUCGACGUGGCCAAGCUGCAGGAGGACUUCUGCCGCGUGGCCACGAACCUGCACGCCACCAUGAAGUCAGCCCUGAGUUCACUAACGUCGGAGAGGGAGCGAUUAAAACAAUGCACGGACCAAGACGCCUGCCCCCCUACGUCCCCGCAGGUGGUCGGCUUGAAGAACGCGCUGACAACGGCUUUAGCCCAGAACUCAGAGCUGCGAGAGCGCCUGUGCAAGAUUCACGCAGAGUCUCACGUCGUAGAACCCACAGUAGUCAAUCUCACUGCCACCGUACAGAAACAAGAGGAAUCUGGAGCUGAAUCCCGUUCUUUGGUGCAUCAAGAGUCCAAUGAAAGCAGAGCGUCCAUCGCCGAGUCGCUGUCCGAGUUCUUCGACGCACAGGAGGUUCUGUUGUCCAAUAGUUCCUCGGAAAAUGAGGCGUCAGAGGAUGACUCGUACAUCAGCGACGUUAGUGACAACAAUUCCAUGGACAACUUCACCAAUGAGACAGAAAACGGCAGACAAAAUUCAGGCAAGAAAUUGCUUAAACGCACCAGCCAGAAAAUAACAAAUCCAUUUCUAUGUGUGAUGUUUUUGGUUUUGUCAGGUUGCGGAGAGAGCGGCGCCGUCCUCUGCCGGCGUCGAUCGCGUCUUUCGUCACCCAGCCCCGGCGGCAGCGCCGUCAGCCUGUGGAACAUCCUCAGGAACAACAUCGGCAAAGACCUUUCCAAAGUGGCCAUGCCGGUGCAUCUCAACGAGCCGCUCAACACCCUGCAGAGGUUGUGUGAGGAGCUGGAGUACAGCGAGCUUCUCGAUCAGGCCGCCAGCACGCCCGAUCCCUUUGAACGCAUGGUCUUCAUCGCUACAUUUGUGGUGUCGGGUUACGCAUCCAGCUUCUACAGAACUGGCGGCAAACCCUUUAAUCCGGUCCUGGGAGAGACUUAUGAAUGUGACCGACCAGAUAAAGGUUUCCAGUUUAUCGCGGAGCAGGUCAGCCAUCAUCCGCCAAUAUCGGCUUGCCAUGCAGAGUCGAAAAACUUUAUCUACUGGCAAGACGUGAGGUGUAAGAACAAGUUUUGGGGGAAGUCAAUGGAGAUCGUUCCUGUCGGCAGCACACACGUAACUUUGCCUGGGUCUGGAGACCACUAUGAGUGGAACAAGGUGACGUCGUGCAUUCACAACAUCCUGAGUGGGCAGCGCUGGAUUGAGCACUACGGCGAGAUCUCCAUCAGGAACUCCAACAGCGACGCCUGCCAGUGCAAGAUCACUUUUGUUAAGGCCAGGUGGAACUCAAGUGUGAAUGAAGUGGAAGGAACCAUCACGGAUCAGAAGGGGAAUGCGGCCCGUCGGCUCUUUGGGAAGUGGCACGAAGCCGUUUACUGCGGGGACCCGCCCUCGGCCACAUGCAUCUGGAGAGCAAAUGCCAUGCCACUGGACCACGAGCAGUACUACGGUUUCACCAAGUUUGCCAUUGAACUGAAUGAGCUGGACGCUUCCCUAAAAGCGCUGCUGCCGCCCACUGACACCAGACUGCGUGUGGACCAAAGGCUGCUGGAGGAGGGGAAGCUGGAGGCCGCCGAGGAGCAGAAGCAAAGGAUUGAACAGCUGCAGAGAGAAAGAAGACGAAUCCUUGAGGAAAGCAACGGCGCACAUCAGCCGAAAUUCUUCAGGAAGUCAAAAGAUGACACUUGGGUGAGCAACAACACUUAUUGGGAGUCGAGGCACGAUCCUGGCUUUGCCCACACGGAUUUCCCGACAUUGUGGUGACCCGAGCUGAAACACAUCCGGAGCCUGACUUCCAGCGCAGACCUUCUUCUGUAUUGUGAUUGCCUUAACAACAAGUGCUUUUUUUUUUUUUAAAGUUGUGUAAACAUGUUAUGCACCCUGAGAAUAUUGAUCAAUGUGCAAUGAGUCCAAUUUGGAGAAAAUGUGAAAAGGAUGACCAGUCCGCCUCAUGACAAACGUCCACUGAUGAAUUGGUACCUCAUUACAACUAACGACUGGCACCUCAUCCUGUCAUUUAGACAAUCUCUACCUCAGAGAUAAAGUAGCCUUGAUAUGCCAUUGAUUAACAUUAACAUCCAAUAAUUAUUCUGCACAUGCCUGAUGCCUUAUUGGUGGUACUGUCAUUAUUUUUUUUUAAUUCCUUUUAGAUGUUUUCAAAAUGUAUAGUUUGUAAGGUGCUCUGAACAUGAAACAGAUCUGUACUACAGGUUGCUUUUUUUGUUUUGUUUUAUUUUAUUAACAACAGUGCUAAUUAUUUGUUACUCCUGUGUGAAAGGCGCAAAUAGGAUGGAGGAGCUGUAGCAAACAUCACACACUCAUUCAUUUGUCCACCACAUCCAAUGCGCCUUCGCUUACAACAACUGCAUGGUUGUGAUUCUGGUGCAGUUCAAGCUGACUGUUCAAGCUGUGCUGCGUCGGCUCAAAUAAAUGCUGCGAUGCUUCCCU